UUCGAUCCGUCUCAACUCACUCAUCCAUCACUUUUGUCUGCGUGUCACUCCGUCAGUUAAUACGCAGACUUGAGUGCCACCCAAGUCGAUCCAUUCACCAAAGGCUCUUCGGGGCUCCAAAUCCGCGUCGGCAAAUCCUUCCGAGAAUGAAGGCCGCUCGAUCCGAUCGUCAGGUCUAUAAAAGACCUCGUCGAGAUGGUUGGGUGCUCAUUUCCUUGCGGAUACCCCACUGACUUUGAGAGUUGUUGUUUCCAACGGUAGAUCAAAGCAGAGAGUCCAAUGCAACGCCUCAGGUUAACCCAAUCCUUCGUGGUCGUCAUUUCGGCCUUGCUUUUUUUGUCACACAUAUCUGAAAGCUAUGUGGUGAAUUCUGCGGGUUAUUGGCCCACAUCCAGGGAUGAUGUGGAGCCGGCCAGUGUAUCCUCUCCUGAAGAGUUCUCUCCGCCUUUGGCCGAAGAGGAGCCCGCCUACCCGUUGUGCCCCACCCAUCCGUCGUGUUGGCAAAACGUAUUCAAGUACCCGGCCAUGGCGGCGGUCAUCCUCCAGGCCAUUCAAAAUGGCCAGGUCGUUCAACAACGCCAAAGCCGAUCACUGGGAUCAGGACAGAGACGAUUCCAUUCCGCCUUUGACCGAUUCUCCAAAAAGUCCCGCUUUGGGACGGUCCGACUGACACGAAAGUAAGGGCGAAGAGCCCUUCUCAAGGUUGCCUGAGUGCCAAGAUGUUCCUUGUGUGGAACAAUGGACCAAUUAUCCCAUUAACACAGUGGCACAAUCCAUCUCUCCCAAUGAGCCGCCCUCCUCUCUGUCCCUUUGCUGAAUUAUUAUGAACAACAACCAUCCAAGAACUGACAAUGAACAAGACAACAACAACAACAUCAACUCUGGAGCAACCUGAACCCAUUCUGACGCGCUUAAUUGAAGCUGUUCCAAACAGAAAUUUAAAUAUAUUCAUUGGCCCCCA